AUCUGCUAGCGCUUUUACGAACACGAUCAGCGUGUUAACGUAACCCUCUGGCUGUUUGGCUGGCCAUCGGCUGCACCCUCGCGUAGAGUGUGCGUUUUGGUGCGUUUCACCAAGCAGCAGCAUCCGGCAAAACAUUCAAAUUCGGUGAACUGAAGACUAUUUCCGCUUAUAUUGUGGGCAUCGAGAGAACGUGAGGAACUAUUUCGCAUCGUGAGAGCGUAUCUUGUCACUGCUGUCCUGAAGAUCGUCACAUCGUCGCAGACCUAAUGUCAGGCAUAGCGAUCGCCAGGCUCGCCGAGGAGCGAAAAGCAUGGAGGAAGGAUCAUCCUUUCGGUUUUGUGGCUAGACCAACCAAAAACCCGGAUGGUUCUCUUAACUUGAUGAGUUGGGAAUGUGCAAUACCGGGAAAGAAAUCUACUCCUUGGGAGGGUGGGUUGUAUAAGCUACGUAUGAUUUUCAAAGACGAUUAUCCAUCGAGUCCACCAAAAUGUAAAUUUGAACCUCCGCUGUUCCAUCCAAACGUUUAUCCAUCCGGUACCGUUUGCUUGUCACUUUUGGACGAAGAGAAAGACUGGCGACCAGCUAUUACGAUCAAACAGAUUCUUCUUGGCAUUCAGGAUUUAUUAAAUGAACCAAAUGUGAAAGAUCCAGCUCAAGCAGAAGCAUACACAAUAUAUUGCCAAAAUCGUCUGGAAUAUGAAAAGCGUGUUAAAGCUCAAGCCAGAGCAAUGGCUCCACAAGAAUAAACGCAAGAAUAUCAAAUCGAGAUAUUUGAAAUCUGUGGAAAAAAUACAUUGUAUGUGUGUGGACAAAACUUUCCUGAGCUAGUCUAUUGCUCUUAUAAUUAAUUUUUUUUUACAAAUAAAAUUAAUAUACAUUGUAACUAGUUAAUUAGCUUAUACUUCUAAAAAUUAUUUACUAAAUAUUAUCUUCAUUCAUCAUAAAAAUUUCUCAAAAUUAAAAGUAGAAUGUAUCAUUUUUAGCAAAACGUGUCAUAUAUAAAUUUUUUUCACACACAUAUAGAUAUUCUCUUAUUAAUAUUAAGAAUUAUGUUGUGAGAUAUGUACUUUAAGACAGAAUUAUUUUUUGAGACCUAAACUUUAAUUUGUAAGUCUUAUAAGUAAUUACCGAUGUAAUUUUUGAAAUAAGGAUUUGACAGAGAUAAAUAAUGGCAACUAUGUUGAAUAAAUAUCCUGCUUUUUCUGAA